GAAGCCCCUAACAAAGAUCCAAAGGCACAUGAUUAGGAAAUAGGGUCCAGUGGUCCGCAAUCUUAUCUCAGUGCAAAACACCUGUUCUGUGAAGGACUCAGAGUUUGUUAGAGAGCAUUACUGAACAAACAGCAACAUGAAGACCAAGGAGCUCACCAAACAGGUCAGAGAUAAAGUUGGGGAGAUGUACAGAGCAGGGUUAGGUUAUAUAAAAAAUAUCCCAAGCUAUGAACAUCUCAGGAGCACCAAAUAAAAAAAAACCUCCCGAAACCUCGCCUGACGGUCGGCGCUCGGUUACGCUGAGCUGCCCAACUCCCAACCCGGAGGAGAUGCAUCGGAUUAAAGCAAAAGAACAAGAGACCUCAGCGGAGGCGGGUGAUUCUUAGUAAAGCCUUAUACAUGGACAGUUCGCUACAAGUCACUGGGUGAAUAUCCUUUGUACAUCUGCAUUGCUGGAAAUCAAGAGAAAUAAGUAGAUAAAACCUUUGGCUAUAAUGCGAUCCCGCUGAUCUGCAUGUUUUUUUAUAUGAGCUGCACCAUGAAAUCCAUCAUCAGAAAAUGGAAAGAAUAUGGCGCAACCGCAGCCCUUAUUGGUUGCUCCUUAGCCGACCACACUUGCUCAAUAACAUAUGUGCGGAUUGAGUAAAUGGCGCCUCCACUAGCGGUGGCGUUGAGUGCGGUAGAUGAGGACGGACACUUGGUCCAGCACCUGACACGCAAAGUCGUCUAAACACAACUAAACCGUCUCCAUCUAUUGCGCCAUAAAGGGACUUUAGCACAGACGUGUUAAUACGAUCGCCAUGUGAUUCCGGGCGCCACCUCCCUGGUUGUCACCUCUCCGGUUACUUCUUGUUGGCAGCAGAGGAUCCGGUACAGGGCUCCCCGGGGCCUCUCGCCAACAUGGCAGGAGCCGAUGCCGUGCAUUGUACCUGAGCAGCGUGGCAGGGCCGGCUCCCCACACCUCCAUUCUUACUGUUUAACCACAGGCUCACACUUUGGAGUUUGACCCCAGAUGCGGAGUGUCUCCGACCAGAAGGAAUUCUGCCGAAUACAUCUCUUUCUUCUUCUGCCCCCGGGUCUGAGAGGACGCAUCCAGCGGGCACUGGCUUUGAUGCAGAUCAUUCCCAAGUAUCGACUCUGUAUCCUGGAAUAUGGAGACCACUACGCCCCAGAAUAAUGGAACGGGGGACCCCUUCCCCAAAAAGUCGCUGGAAGCUGUGGACAUCGUGGUUCUCGUCUUGUACUUUGUAUUUGUACUGGGAGUCGGUUUGUGGUCGAUGUGGCGCACAAAGAGGAGCACAGUCAAGGGUUACUUCCUGGCGGGAAAGGACAUGGUCUGGUGGCCUGUGGGGGCCUCCUUGUUUGCAAGUAAUGUGGGCAGCGGGCACUUCAUUGGCUUGGCAGGAUCAGGAGCGGCUUCAGGAAUUGCUGCCAAUGCCUAUGAAUGGAAUGGCCUCUUCUGUGUCUUGGUGUUGGCUUGGUUGUUCCUCCCUAUUUAUUUAUCAGCCGGGGUCACCACCAUGCCCGAAUAUCUACAGAGGCGCUUUGGAGGAAAACGGAUCCAGAUUUAUCUCGCCAUCCUCUACCUGUUCAUCUACAUAUUCACCAAGAUAUCUGUGGACAUGUAUGCCGGUGCACUAUUUAUCCAGCAGGCUCUGCACUGGGAUCUCUACGUGGCAGUGAUCGGAUUACUUGUCAUCACGGCGAUCUAUACCGUGGCCGGAGGCCUGGCUGCGGUCAUCUAUACCGACACGUUGCAGACGGUCAUCAUGAUCAUCGGGGCUCUUAUUCUUAUGGUCUUUAGCUUCAUAGAGGUUGGCGGCUAUACAAGUCUGGAGGAAAAAUACUUUACUGCCAUCCCAUCCAUACGCAACGAGAACAGUAGUUGUGGGAUCCCCAGAGAAGACGCGUUUCACCUCUUCAGGGACCCGGUCUACUCAGAUCUGCCAUGGCCUGGUGUCCUGGUGGGGAUGACCAUUCCAUCUAUCUGGUAUUGGUGCACUGAUCAGGUGAUUGUGCAAAGAUCCUUGUCUGCGAAGAACCUCUCUCACGCUAAGGGCGGCUCGUUGUUGGCAGCUUAUAUCAAGUUCUUACCCCUGUUCAUGAUGGUGCUUCCUGGAAUGAUCAGCAGGGUCCUCUUCACAGAUCAGGUGGCCUGCGCAGAUCCUGAACUCUGUAAGUCAAUCUGUGGAAACCCUUCAGGAUGUUCUGAUAUAGCGUACCCCAAGAUGGUGAUUGAAUUACUGCCCAUAGGACUGCGUGGUCUGAUGAUGUCGGUGAUGAUUGCUGCCCUAAUGUCCUCGCUGACCUCCAUAUUUAAUAGUGCCAGCACGAUUUUCACCAUGGAUCUAUGGCGUCACCUCCGCCCUCACUCUAGGGAGUGGGAACUCAUGAUAGUGGGGAGGGUCUUUGUACUGGUGCUGGUUGUCGUGUCCAUUCUGUGGAUCCCCCUGGUCCAGGCCAGCCAAGGCGGUCAGCUCUUCAUCUACAUCCAGUCUAUAAGUUCCUACCUACAACCUCCCGUGGCCGUGGUCUUCAUCGCUGGAUGUUUUUGGAAACGGACCAACGAAAAGGGAGCAUUCUGGGGCCUGACCAUAGGGCUGGUGCUUGGUAUAAUUCGCAUGGUGUUGGACUUUGUCUACGCCACACCAAGAUGCGAUCAGCCCGACACUCGGCCGGCGGUGGUGAAGUACAUACACUACCUGUAUUUCUCCAUGAUCCUCGCACUGCUGACUCUCAUAGUCGUGGUCUCUGUCAGUCUGUGGACUGCGCCCCCAACCAAGGAAAUGGUUAGUCGCCUGACCUGGUUCACGCGUUUCGAUAAAAGAGAAGGAAGUUCGGAAAUAAGAGAUGUCGUCAAGACGAACAGUGUGGUAGAGACCCCCACCGAGACAGAUCAGCCCAACACCUGUAGCAACAAGUCCACAGAUGACGUAGCCUUCACCAUCCGCCUUAAGAAAGCCAUCCUCUGGUUAUGUGGAAUGGAAAAGAACAAGGAAAAAGAGGGGGAGGAGACCCCGAUUGCACCAGAAGAGCCCCCUGAAGUUUUGCUCUACGAAGAUCCACUGGUCAAAAGGUUCCUGAACGUUAACCUCCUCGUCUGCACGAGCGCCGCUGUCUUUCUUUGGGGUUAUUUUGGCUAAGCCGGAAACACGCCAUGUACCACCCCAUGGAAAGAGCCCUUUUUUUUUUUUUUUAGGACGCAUCACUGUCAUGUGAACUCUCAGGGCUCAACAUCCUUCUCCGGAACAUCAUCAUCACACUACGGCAGUGGUCCGCAGGUUGAAGACCACUGCACUACGGUCUUCUAGCAGAGGAGCUAGGGUAGAUCAUGACCUCGCAGAGCAGGCAUGAAACAGCAGUGAUCCCCAAAAUGUGGCCUUUCAUCUGUUGCAAAACUAAUACUCCCAGCAUGCAGCAUUCAGUAGUGUAAUCUUGCAACAGUUGGUGUGGGGGGUUACUGAUCCAACUAUCAUUUGAUAAAGUUUAUUAAAAUGGAAAAAAAAAAAAGUGCCUUUUAUGGUCCACCUAUGAUGGGCGUUACUUUUAUUUAUGGAAAUGUUACUCUAUUUUUUUGGAAUUUCUGAAUAAAACCCAAAGUGUCCAGGUAAAAGUUUGGUAUGAGGUUCUUCUAUUUGGCUUGUUAUUACAACCACCUCUAGGGCGGCGCACUGCGUAUCAUUGUAUACUAUUCAGGCUACAAAUAUAUGUCUAUCCAGUUCAGCUGUUGCAAAACUACAACUCCCAGCAUGGGUUGGCUGUCCGAGCAUGCUGGAAGUUGUAGUUUUGCUACAGCUGGAGGCAUGCUGGUUGGGAAACACAGAUCCUGAGAGUAUUUCUCAUUCUCUACAUUUUAGGGACAGGAACAGAUCUGGGCUGUUGGCCAGUAGUACACACACAGUUACUUCCUCCCUUAGUUGUCCAAUCACAGCACAUACAUAUCCAUCCAGUUCAGCCUUUUAACCUGUAUGGCAGUGUUCCCCAACCAGUUUGCCUUCAGCCGUUGCAAAACCAUAACUCCCAGCAUAUUGAGAGUUGUAGUUUUGCAAUAGCAGGAAAGACUAUUGAUGGGGGAACACCGACAUAUAUUGAUCUCAAUGGAAGCUGUAACAGCUCUACUAUCUCUGGCCGCUCCCAUAGACCAUGCAUGCAUACCCACCGCUCCAUUCCAAUGGGAGAUUUGGGACCCCAUUCUCUAAAUCCCAGGGGUUAUGGAGAACAUGCACUUACCUUAGUCUUAAUGGAUGCAUGGAUGACCCCUCUAAAGGAGUUAUCCAGGAUUAGAAAAACAGCGCCACCUCUCAGGUUGUGUGUGAUAUUGCAGCUCAGUUCCAUUGAAGUAAAUGAAGCUAAGUUGUAAUACCCCACACAACCUGAGAGCAGGGGUGGUG